AUGAGCCGUGUUUGCGGCCACUUUCCUGCGUCGAACUCGCACUCAAAGCGGCGAGCUCCCGAACCCACGAUCUCGUGCUCGGCCUCGCCAUCCUGCGCCGCCACGUCCUUCGGGAGGUCUGACAGCAGGGUAAUCUUGAUCGCCCUGUCGGUGCAAGCACCGGCCGCCGUCUGCCCGAUCGUCGGCGCUUUAUUCGUCCCCUUCUCUCCCCGUUGGCGUAAGUUUUAUCUUUUCCCUAGUUCUCUCCAGGACGGGAGUAGCAAUUUCAUCAACCAAGAGAUGAUCCAGAUCCGGGAACAGAUCGACCUCAAGAAGAUGCAAAAUAAACCAGCGUGGCUUUCGACUGUGGCAAAUCUCUUCUCCCGGCAGUAUCUCCGCCGCACGGUCACGACUUUCUUCGUCCUCUGUAUGACCCAGCUCACCAGCUCGUCGGUCGUCCAGAACUUCCAGAACUCUACGCCACCGCCGGCUUCCGGGGGUCAGCAAGCGCUGCUCAUUUCGGGUCCGUUCAUCCUCGCCGACAAGUGGCCACGAGCCCGAACCAUGUGGAGCGGCUCCCUGGUCCUCUGCGGGAUGAUCUCCAUCUGCAUGGCGCUCAGUGCAGUGUACGAAAACCAGAGCAAUAGCAACCUAGCCAGCGCCCGGGAGGCCAUUGUCUUCAUCUUCCUUUACUCGAUGUGUUACGCCAUUUUCUUCAACGGGAUUGUGUGGGUCGUGUGCUCGGAGCUGUUCCCCUUCUUCUGGACCAAGGACGCUUCCGUCGCCGUCUAUUCCAAGACUGCCGUCGCCAUCGUCCUGUCGCGGAUCACGCCCCUUGUCAUCGCCAACGUUGGCUGGCGGUACUACUCCCUUUUCAUCGCCAUCAACUUCGCCGCCGCCGUAGUCUAUUUCUUCCUCCUCCCAGAAACCUCCGAUAAGUCACUUUACGAGAUCACCGAGCUCUUCGAAGAUACCCGUGCCACCGGCCACAUUAGAGAGAUCGAUGUCGACGCUAAGGACUUCGAAUUGAAUGACCCGGCCGCCGAGACGCGGAGCAGGGCUUAGGGCCUGCUAUCUGGAACCAUUAGUGAUAUGGGACCGCCCCCUUCUCGGCAUCCGCUAUUUAGGUAGUGCGGUAACGGACUAGCUCGCCUCUGGGUAGUAAAUCCACUCCAAGGUUGACGUAAACGCUGCUAGGCUUGCAAAUAGAGUAGGUAUGUCAACAAGACACUGCUGCGGUCUAUCGUUUGUAAGUCUCAAGACCUCGAAUUCCUUAGACGGUCCCGUCAUGUGUCUAUUUGGAAGCGCUUAUAGCACUCACGGAGUAAAAAGGGGUAUUCCCCAAAGUAUACCUAGG